AUGCUGAGCCGUGCCGUGCUGCCUCUUGCCAGGCGCAACGUCCUCGCCUCGACCGUCCGGGUGUCCGCUCUGUCUGCUCAGCGACCCCGGUGGUACGCAAAGGGCAAGGACAGUGCUCCGUAUACCCUCCCGGAGUCGUUGCAAGGCAAGGAGCCCCAAGUCAAGAAGCCCAAGGCGGCAAAGAAACAGACUCCUGCUGAGCAGCCCGAGUCUGAUACACAGGCCAAGUCGGAGACCGAAGCGUCCGAGUCUCCAGUCGCUCCCGAAGCAGAGCAGAUUCCCCAACAACCCCUCCCCGAUCUCACCCAGGGUAUCCCGUCGACAUUGGCCGCAGAGCUAGAAGCACGCCAGAGGAAGGGAUCUCUGAACAUCACAGAGGAUCACACCCGAACGGAAGAUUAUAGCGAGGAUGGCAGCGGCCGUAGUGGUGGUGAUAUUCCCAAGAGCGGAUACGAAACCUCUCUCGACCGCCGCAAGGCCCGCAUGGCCAACAUCAUGUACGCUGUGAUGCUGGCCGCGGGUAUUGCUGGUAUGGGUUACCUGGGCCGCAACUGGGAGACCGAGGAGGAGGAACGUGCUCACACAGAGACACCAUCCGGCUGGAGCCCUGGUCUUUGGUGGGGUCGUAUUAAGGCCCGUACCGGUGAGGUCACCAGCUACUACAAGGAUCCCGCAUUCCCUAAGCUACUCCCCGAUGAGGACCCUACCCAGCGUCAGCCCUACACCCUGGUUCUGUCUUUGGAGGAUCUCCUUGUUCACAGCGAGUGGAGCCGUGAGCACGGGUGGCGUGUUGCGAAGCGCCCUGGUGUCGAUUACUUCCUCCGCUACCUCAACCAGUACUACGAGCUCGUUCUGUUCACCAGUGUCCCCAGUAUGAUGGCCGACCAGGUUCUCCGGAAACUCGACCCUUACCGUAUCAUCCGCUGGCCCCUCUUCCGUGAGGCUACACGCUACAAGGAUGGCGAGUAUAUCAAGGAUCUGUCUUAUCUGAACCGUGACCUGUCCAAGGUCAUCCUGAUCGACACCAAGGAGGAGCACGCCCGCCUGCAGCCCGAGAACGCGAUCAUUUUGGACAAGUGGACCGGUGACUCCAAGGACAAGACCCUCGUUGCCCUUAUUCCCUUCCUGGAGUACCUUGCCGGUAUGGGUGUGGAGGAUGUUCGUCCCGUGCUCAAGUCGUUCGAGGGCACCAGCAUCCCCGUUGAGUUCACCAAGCGUGAGAAGGCUAUGCGUGAGCGCUUCGAGAAGGAGCUCGCCGAAGAGCAGAAGAAGAAGCCCUCUAUUGGUAUGGGCAGCCUUGCCUCUGCUCUCGGUCUGAAGUCCAGCCGCACUUUGGACGGCGAGGUGUCGCCCUCGGAGGGUCUCGCCCAGGGCAAGAUGCUGUGGGAUCAGAUCCGUGAGCGCGGUCAGAAGAACUACGAGAUGAUUGACAAGGAGAUCCGCGAGAACGGCGAGAAGUGGCUGGCCGAGAUGGCCGCCGAAGAAGAGAAGGCUCGCCAGGAGCAGAUGAACAGCAUGAAGGGCUCUUUCACCGGUAUGUUCGGUAUGGGUUCCGGCAAGCAGUAA